GUGCGCGCCCCCGCGGAGGUGGGCGGGGUUCGGGGCGGGGCUCUGAGCCGGACCGGGGCGGGGCUGCAGGAGCAAUAGGUGCUGCAGCUUGGUCGCGACAGGUGCGCGAGGCAGAGCGCCCGGACCUGCGGCAGGACUCGUAGCAAGUAGAGAAAAGACGGCUUUUAGCCAGGUAUUUCGGUAUCUGUAGACAAGAUGGAAUCAACUCCAUUUAAUAGACGGCAGUGGACUUCACUAUCAUUGAGGGUAACAGCCAAAGAACUUUCUCUUGUCAACAAGAACAAGUCAUCGGCUAUUGUAGAAAUAUUCUCCAAGUACCAGAAAGCAGCUGAAGAAACAAACAUGGAAAAGAAGAGAAGCAACACUGAGAAUCUUCCCCAGCACUUUAGAAGGGGGACCCUGACUGUGCUAAAGAAGAAGUGGGAGAACCCAGGGCUGGGAACAGAGUCUCACACCGACUCUUUUCGAAACAGCAGCACUGAGAUCAGGCACAGAGUCGACCAUCCUCCUGCUCAAGUGACAAGCAACACUGCUUCUGGAGCCGAAGCUGAUCAAGAGGAGCAAAUUCACCCCAGACCUAAAUUCGGGUCAUCUCCUGAAGCCCAUAUUCAGUAUCGGCAUCCCCGCAUCAAGAACAGUGAGGAUCUUAAAGACCACUCAACGGAAAGUAAAAAAAUGGAAAAUUGUCUGGGAGAAUCCAGGCAUGAAGUAGAAAAGUCUGAAAUCAGUGAAAACACAGAAGCUUCAGGCAAAAUUGAGAAAUAUAAUGUUCCACUGAACAGGCUAAAGAUGAUGUUUGAGAAAGGUGAACCGACUCAAACCAAGAUUCUUCGGGCCCAAAGCCGAAGUGCUGGUGGAAGGAGGAUCUCUGAAAACAGCUAUUCUCUGGAUGACUUGGAAAUAGGCCCAGGACAAUUGUCAUCUUCUUCAUUCAACUCAGAAAAAAAUGAGAGUAGGCGAAAUCUGGAACUCCCACGCCUCUCAGAAACCUCCAUAAAGGAUCGGAUGGCCAAGUACCAGGCAGCUGUGUCCAAACAAAGCAGUUCAACCAACUACACAAAUGAAUUGAAAGCCAGUGGUGGUGAAGUCAAAAUUCAUAAAUUGGAGCAAAAGGAGAAUGUGCCCCCAGGUCCUGAGGUCUGCAUCUCUCAUCAGGAAGGAGAAAAGGUUUCUGCAACUGAGAAUAGCCUGGCAAUCCGUUCCACCCCUGCUGAAGAUGACUCCUGUAACUCCCAGGUUAAGAGUGAGCUCCAACGGCCUGUUCAUCCCAAGCCGCUGAGUCCAGAUGCUAGAGACUCCAGCCUUUCUGAAAGUUCUCCUCCCAAAGCAGUGAAGAAGUUUCAGGCACCUGCAAGAGAGACCUGCGUGGAAUGUCAGAAGACAGUCUACCCGAUGGAGCGUCUCUUGGCCAACCAGCAGGUGUUUCACAUCAGCUGCUUCCGUUGCUCCUACUGCAACAGUAAACUUAGUCUAGGAACAUAUGCAUCUCUACAUGGGAGAAUCUAUUGUAAGCCUCACUUCAAUCAACUCUUUAAAUCUAAAGGCAACUAUGAUGAAGGCUUUGGGCACAGACCACACAAGGAUCUGUGGGCAAGCAAAAGUGAAAAUGAAGAAACUGUGGAGAGACCAGCCCAGUUUCCAAAUGCAAGGGAGACCCCUCAGAGCCCAGGGGUAGAAGAUGCCCCCAUUGCCAAGGUGGGUGUGCUGGCUGCAAGUAUGGAAGCCAAGGCCUCCUCUCAGCAGGAGAAAGAAGACAAGCCAGCUGAAACCAAGAAGCUGAGGAUUGCCUGGCCUCCCCCAACUGAACUUGGCAGUUCAGGAAGCACUUUGGAGGAAGGGAUCAAAGUAUCGAGGCCCAAAUGGCCUCCUGAGGAUGAAAUGAGCAAGCCUGAAACUCCUGAGGAUGUAGAUCUGGAUCUGAAGAAGCUAAGACGAUCUUCCUCACUGAAGGAAAGAAGCCGCCCGUUCACUGUAGCAGCUUCAUUUCGAACCACUUCUGUCAAGAGCCCAAAAACUUUGUCCCCACCUAUGAGGAAAGGCUGGAGCAUGUCAGAGCAGAGUGAGGAGUUUGCAGGAGGAAUAGUAGCAGAGAGGAAACAAGUGGAAAAUGCCAAGGCCUCCAAGAAGAAUGGGAAUGUGGGAAAAAUAACCUGGCAAAACAAGGAAUUUAAAGGAGGAGAGGCAGGUAGAAGUCAGGAGGUUCAUAGCUUUGAGAUGGGGAAUGAGAACCUUGUAGAAAAUGGUGCAAACUUAGAUGAGAAUGAUAGCAACUUCCUCAAACAGCAGUCUCCACUAGAACCCAAGUCUCCAAAUUGGUCCAGCUUUGUAGACAACACUUCAGCUAAAGAAUUCACUACUCAGAAUCAGAAAUCCCAGGAUGUGGGAUUCUGGGAGGAAGAAGUGGUGAAAGAGCUCUCUGUGGAAGAACAGAUAAAGAGAAAUCGGUACUACGAUGAAGAUGAGGAUGAAGAAUGAUAAAUUACAGUGGUGCUCGGCCUUAAAUUCAUGUUAGUGUUAGUGAGCCACUGCCCUUUAUCCAAGUGUGAUGCACAUAAACAAGUAUUUUAGCAUGAAAUGUAAUUUAUAUGGAAGUAACUUUGGAAAAGAGUUCCUGCUUCCAAAAAACGCCCAUACUGCAGCUUAAGAUAACCAAUCUAAAUGCUAGAGAUAAUGUCACUUAAAUCCUCCAUUUUAGCAGUGAAAGAUAGGCAUAAGUGUUUUAAGGUCUUAAAAGUGGGGAAAUAUUCCAACUGAUAUAGUCCAGAUUCCACUGUAUUCCCAAAAGGCAAUAUUAAAGUAGACAGAUAAUUAGUAGUACAUUGUUACACUACAAAUACUGAAUUGGAGAACAUACAGAAGGGAUUUAGAGGCCUAAAUAUUAUGACUAAAUGCACUUUAGUAUAAAGGGCACAGUUUGUAUAUUUUUACAUGAAUAUCAAUUUAAUUUUUUUAGUAUUCAUUUGUUAAGAGAUCAAAUAUUUAGUCUUUUUAAAAAAUUUUUUAGUUUAUGUAGCAACAAGAAUGCUCAGAAAAAAAAAAUUUUUAGGAUAAUUUUCUUACUCUGAUAUAUACAUAUGGGAAAUUUAUUGCUUUGUAUCCUGUUCUCUAAACCACAUCCUGAACUGAAUUAUUGAGGUAUGGUACAGCCAUCUUUUCAGAGCACAUUUUGAGGCAAUUGAAGAACCAACCCACAUGCUUUGGUGCUUGAAGAGAUCCAGAUCCACUGUCUUCCAUAUAAGCCAUGGUAUUUGCCAAUGAGUUUGACUACACCCCAAGUGAUUGCUUUCUUGUCUGGUGGUAUAUUGCUUCUCAUAACUCACUGACAGCUGCAACGUUUGUAAGACCUUUGGGAUCACUGUUCCCCACACUCCAUGUUAGAGCAAAGUGUGAGGAGUUAAAAGGAGGAAUAACAGAAAGAACCGCCUUAUACCACUUGAGCUGAACCCUGAACCCUGGAUUCUAUUUCUGAUGUCUCCUUUCUAAGGACAUUUUCAUUAUAUACUUAACCAGCUCUGAAAUAUAUUGAUUUUUAUGGUAGACAGUAUUCCCAGGGUGAAAUUAAACCAACUAUAGGCCUUUUUCUUGGGAUGUUUUUCUAGUAUUAAGGCUUUGGAACAUUAUAAAUUUGAGUACAUUUGUACAUAAUCGAUAUUCCAAAUUGUAUGUAUGGGAGGGAGAGGUGUUUUAAGCUAUAGGCUUUUCUUUGUACUGCAUUUAUAGAGAUUUAGCUCUAAUAUAUUUUAGAGAUGUAAAAUAUUCUGCUUUCUUAUAGUCUUGCUUAGUCUGAAACAUUUUUAUUCAAUAAAGCUUUUAAUUAAAGUUUGAA